AUGCUGCGCAUAGCUGGGCUUGCCUUUGUUGCAACGGCCAGUGUGUUGCCACGGGCUCCCGGCAUGGCCGUAGAUCUUCCCCUCUGGGAAUCGAUGCGUUACGCCCAUGCCGCCAUGUUUUGCUCAUUCGGUGAUGAAGAUUUGGCUACUAGUGAUGGAGCGAUGAAGGACCGCUGGCUUAUGAAGCUCGGCGAAUCCUUUACUGGUGGCCAGGCGACUGACCUGCCUGGCUGCAGUGUUACCGAGGAUACAACGUGUGAUGGACCGGACGGCUCAAAAAACUGCACCGCGAUAUUCGAUGACGCUGACGCGACCACCUUGGAUAAAGCCUCCUUUUGGAUCUUCAAAGCCGUGAUCGGAGUCCAGUCUAAGCUAUCUAAGCUGCGAUCGAGGCUGAAGGAGGAAACCCUCUUCCUUGACCUGGAACUCAAGUCGCUGAUCAAAGAGCUCGGUGGAGACAAGCCUGAGUCCAAAGCCCAAGCAUCGUGGAUCGCCGCUGCUCUUGGCAUUGGCGAGACACUGGUUGGAAAAGCAUCGGGGAUGGGUACCAUUGCAAGUAUUGGCUUCACACUCUUUAACGGCUUGAUAGACAUGACCGGUGAUGAGACCGCAGAUGAGGGCGACUUGCAGGCCUCAUUGGCCAAGGUUUCACGCUCCAUGGGCUCCAACAUUGAUGAUAUGCUCUCUGUCGCGAUGGGGGGCGGCAAAGGAGAUGACUAUGACAAGCUUCCUAUUCAAUCCAAGGGCUCCUACAAGACCAAGGUUGCUCAAUUUUUCAACACUGGCUUCUGGCUUCAAAAUAACGAUGCUGGUCUAGUGAAAGAUAUGAUGGAUGCUGCGGUUUCGAAUCUGCGGGCCAAGAUGGUCGACGAGAUCCUCAGCGCCAACGGGUGGUACAUUUCCUGGUACGUCUGGCGGAACUCCGAGGACAAGUGUCCCAAGGAACAGGGGUUUGAAUGGGUGAAGGCUGGCUCCAAGUACUACUGCGUGAUUUUGAUGAAUAGCAGCUGGAGCGGCCCUGAUUUCGCAGAGGACAAGAUCUACAAGGCCAUGGAUAAGAACGGGUUAAAGGACCGGAAAGCUUAUUACGGUAGCCUUGUUGACUGUGCUAAGAAUGGCGAUGGGAAGUUUGAUGCCAAGUCGUUGACAUAUGGCAAGAUUCCGAAAUGCUUUUUCCAUCUCAAAGUUAUAGAUUUUGUCUAG